GAGCGGAGCGCGGGAGGAGGCGGGGGAGGAGAGGCCCCCGAGACCGCGAGCGGCAGCUGAGGAGGGGGCCGCGAACCCGAGCGCGAGCAAAACAGCUGAUCUGAUUUUCCUUUAAAGCGAGAGAAAAUGGAAGUCGGGUAGCGGCAACUGCGGCGCUGCAGGCUGGCAGAGCGGAGCGGCGCUGCGCGGCAGAGUUCUCAGGGGCUGCAGUCUCACACCAUUCACUGGGGCAACAAUGGGCCAUUUCCAGCAGGGACGGUGCGCCGUUGCCCUGGAUGCCUGACGGCCACCUGCCUCCAGAGAAUCACAGUGUCUGAAAAGUGGAAGAGUGACAAGAGAAGAACCCUCCCAGUCGAGGCUCUGGUCCGCGGGGAGAAGGAAGAAGGCAAUCUCCUAAUUGGUACCAUAUACAUCAGAUGGAUGGUUUCUAGCCUGCUUGCAAACCCCACCUCAGCUGAGUGUUGGGCAGCCCGUCUACAUGAUCCUAUGACUCUUGAUAUGGACGCAGUCCUGUCAGACUUUGUUCGGUCCACGGGGGCAGAACCUGGUCUGGCCAGAGACCUGCUGGAAGGCAAAAACUGGGACUUGACCGCCGCUCUGAGUGACUAUGAGCAGCUCCGACAAGUGCACACAGCCAACCUGCCACAUGUGUUCAACGAGGGCAGGUGCCCCAAACAGCCAGAGCGAGAGCCGCCCCAACCCAGCCACAAGGUGGAGCGGCCCUGCCUGCAGAGACAGGACGACAUUGCCCAAGAAAAGCGGCUUUCCCGGGGGAUUUCCCACGCCAGCUCAGCCAUCGUCUCCUUGGCCCGGUCCCACGUGGCGAGUGAGUGCAACAAUGAGCAGUUCCCCCUGGAGAUGCCCAUCUACACAUUCCAGUUGCCAGAUCUGAGCGUGUACAGUGAAGACUUCCGGAGCUUCAUCGAACGGGACUUGAUCGAGCAGGCGACCAUGGUGGCUUUGGAGCAGGCAGGUCGCCUGAAUUGGUGGUCCACUGUGUGCACGAGCUGUAAACGGCUUCUUCCUUUGGCCACUACAGGGGACGGGAACUGCCUUUUACAUGCCGCCUCUCUGGGAAUGUGGGGGUUUCACGACCGGGACCUGGUUUUGCGGAAAGCUCUCUACACCAUGAUGAGGACGGGGGCUGAAAGAGAAGCCCUAAAGCGCAGGUGGAGGUGGCAGCAGACACAGCAGAACAAGGAGGAGGAAUGGGAGCGGGAGUGGACGGAGCUGCUGAAAUUGGCGUCCAGCGAGCCACGCACGCACUUCAGCAAGAACGGUGGCACAGGCGGGGGUGUGGACAACUCUGAGGACCCCGUGUACGAGAGUCUAGAGGAGUUCCAUGUGUUUGUCCUCGCCCAUAUAUUAAGAAGACCAAUAGUUGUCGUAGCAGAUACGAUGUUGAGGGACUCAGGUGGAGAAGCAUUUGCUCCAAUCCCGUUUGGAGGGAUUUACCUGCCCUUGGAGGUGCCUCCCAACAGAUGUCACUGCUCACCUCUGGUUCUUGCCUACGACCAAGCACAUUUCUCUGCCCUUGUGUCCAUGGAGCAGAGAGAUCAGCAAAGAGAACAAGCCGUGAUCCCCCUGACGGAUUCGGAGCACAAGCUGCUGCCUCUGCACUUUGCCGUGGACCCCGGGAAGGACUGGGAGUGGGGCAAGGACGACAACGAUAACGCCCGGCUGGCCCACCUGAUCCUGUCGCUAGAAGCCAAGCUGAACCUUCUGCACAGCUACAUGAAUGUGACGUGGAUCCGGAUCCCCUCGGAGACCCGGGCCCCUCUGGCACAACCGGAAUCCCCAACAGCCUCCGUGGGGGAGGACGUGCAGUCCCUGGCCGACUCCCUGGACUCGGAUCGGGACUCGGUGUGCAGCAAUUCCAACAGCAAUAAUGGCAAGAUCGGCAAGGACAAGGAGAAGGAGAAGCAGCGCAAAGAGAAGGACAAGACCCGCGCGGACUCCGUGGCCAACAAGCUGGGUAGCUUCAGCAAGACGCUGGGCAUCAAGCUAAAGAAAAACAUGGGCGGCCUGGGCGGCCUGGUGCACGGCAAGAUGGGCCGCGCUAACUCCGCCAACGGCAAGAACGGCGACGCACCGGAGCGCGGCAAGGAGAAGAAGGCCAAGUCGCGCAAGGGCAGCAAGGAGGAGUCGGGCGCGUCGGCGAGCACGUCGCCGUCGGAGAAGACCACACCGUCGCCCACGGACAAGGCGGCCGGGGCGUCCCCAGCCGAAAAGGGCGGCGGGCCGCGGGGCGACGCCUGGAAGUACAGCACGGACGUGAAGCUGAGCCUCAACAUCCUACGCGCCGCCAUGCAGGGGGAGCGCAAGUUCAUCUUCGCCGGCCUGCUGCUCACCAGCCACCGGCACCAGUUCCACGAGGAGAUGAUAGGCUACUACCUGACCAGCGCACAGGAGCGCUUCAGCGCCGAGCAGGAGCAGCGACGCCGCGACGCCGCCGCCGCCGCCGCCGCCAUCCACGUGCAGGCGGCGGGCGCGCGGGACGACGCGUGCGCGCCGGCCGUGGGCGCGCUGCGGCCGUGCGCCACGUACCCGCAGCAGAACCGCUCGCUGUCGUCGCAGAGCUACAGCCCGGCGCGCGCCGCCGCCCUGCGCACCGUCAACACGGUCGAGUCGCUGGCGCGCGCCGUCCCGGGCGCCCUGCCCGGCUCGGCAGGGGCGGCCGGCACCGCCGAGCACAAGUCGCAGACCUACACCAACGGCUUCGGCGCCGCGCGGGACGGCCUGGAGUUCGCCGACGCCGACGCGCCGGCCGCCCGCUCGAACGGUGAGUGCGGCCGCGGCGGCCCGGGGCUGGCGCAGCGGCGCUGUCAGCGCGAGAACUGCGCGUUCUACGGGCGCGCCGAGACCGAGCACUACUGCUCUUACUGCUACCGCGAGGAGCUGCGGCGGCGGCGCGAGGCGCGUGGGGCCCGGCCCUGAGGGCGGCGCGCGCGCCAGCUUUUACCAUAAAGGAUUCCUUUUCCAUUCUGUCGGUGUCUUUUUUACAUGCCCUGGUCCACCGGAAGGCCGGCGACUCCUCGGUCAGUGCUGUGUACGUGUUUGGUCCAACGUUCCUAAUGGUGCCUGAACCUACACUGACGCCACUCAGGUAGUAGACGGAUAGGAAACAAGUCAUACUGUUGGAAGUGGGUGUGCUAGCUAGCAUCUGCCUCGUACCUGUGGAAACUCAAUAGCCAUUGCAAGAGUAUUUUUGUUCCUCAAUAAGAGAAAUAAAGAAAUUUGCAGCCCUUUGUUUUUAGAAGGGAGUGUUUUACCUUUUUUUUU